GGUCCUGCUGUGGAGGCGGAGAAGCCCCAGAAGCAGCUGUUUAUAAUAGUCUCAGCUCUCCUGUGUGAGUCGGGCAGCAGGUAACGAAGACAGCAAAACGCCAACUCCUUGAACAAAACGAAAAUGCCGCUUGCAGAGGACCUGAUGCACCCCCUGGCUGAGGUGGAAAGGCGGAAACACAAGAAGAAACGGCUGGUACAGCGUCCCAACUCUUACUUCAUGGAUGUCAAAUGUCCAGGCUGCUACAGGAUCACUACAGUGUUCAGCCAUGCGCAGAGGGUUGUGCCGUGCGGAGGGUGCUCCUACGUUCUGUGCCAGCCCAAAGGAGGGAAGUGUCGCCUCACAGAGGGUUGCUCCUUUAGAAGAAAACCACACUGAUCGCUUCCUUUCAAGGAUGAAGAAGGAAAGUGAUUUCUCUUUAAUUCUCAAUCUGCGCCCCAUGGGGUGUAACUUCUAGCCUUCACUGUCCUGUGCUGAUUUUGAACCAGAGAAGGCAGUCCUGAUUCUUCUGGGUACACAGAAACCUGGAGCUCUGUACAAAUCUGAAGAUUGUGAACCAAAUUCGCUGGCCUUUAGUUGCUUUUAAUCAUACAAGGGGGUUCAUUGCUGAUCUCUUAAGGGAAGUCUGGAUACAUCUACAGACCUCCUGUAAUACAAUUCUAAUAAAGCUUGCUGUUUUUAAAUUAAA